AUGCAAUCUGCUAUUGCUUUUUCCCAAAAGUUCACGCAGCCGGCCACGCCCGGCUCCUCUGUCCGUGUGGCCGCACUCACGCUCGCGAACAACAGCCAGCCCGCAGCCUGCUCACCUGCCCGAGCCUCCAUCUCGCUGAGUCGCGAACCUUACUUGUCAUCCCUUCCUUGGAAACUAUCUCUCCCGCUUGAAUCGGGCACGAAGCGAUGCGUAUGGAAACCGCCGCCACGAUCUCGCCUAGCCCAUGUUCAUCUUCCCCGAAGAGAGCCCACGAAGCAGUUUUCUCACCCACUCGCGCCCAGCUCAGCUAGAACCGCCUGCGUCCCGGCCUCUGCCCGGGCGCUCGUCUGGCUCGGCAGCCUGCCUGCGCGGCGGCGUGGCCAGCCAGCCAGCCCGCGGCGGCGCGGCUUGUGGCCCUGUUCGGUCAGCAAGUCGCUAUCGUGCUCGGCUGUUCCCAGGCAUCGACGAGGAAGAACCGCCGUCGCGCGUCCAUCGACGUCGCGUCGCGCGUCCACGCCGCCACGGAGCUCACAGCAUCACCACCACCUCACCGUAGCGUCGUCACAUCCGCUCUGCACCGAAACACCAACUGCAGCACGCCAACACCAAAGCUCUGAUUGCGAUCCAUUUCCGAGCUUCGAGGAAUCGAGUGUCAAGCUUCAGCGACCAAGUGAUCAAGCUCUUCGAGUUCUACAAAGUUGAAGACCCUGAGCAUCUGUUUGGUGAAGGCAAGUGUCCUCAGUCCCAUUAUGUCCCAUUUACCUUAUAAUUCACUGUCCCGCAUUACUUAAUUGAAACCUAAGGAUUUACUAGCUUUCUAUUUACCUUGUCCUUGAUUUACCUUUUGGGUUACUAUGGUUAGCCACAUGCUAGCGCUUUACUUUAAUCAAUGAACAUGAUGAGAUACAAUGAUGAUACUAUGGUUUUAUUCUG